AACACUUUAAGAAUUGUGAUUGUUUAACCCGGUGCCUUUUCUUGUUUGAUUUACGAUUAAAGACAUUUAUAUAUAGUUGAUUUAAAAUCUGGGAUUUAACUUUUCGCAUUAUGUUUACUCGACAAAUAUUUCAUUUGAUUUUAAGAGGAAAUUCAAAUUCGAUUAUGACUAUAUCCGUGUGAUUUCAAUUAAAGCACUUUGUCUGUUUGUGAAAAGAUACUGUCUAUUUCAAUGACUUACUGAAGGAUAUUACAAUUCCAUUAAAGCAGCGUAUUUAAACUUUCUUGUAUGUUUAAAUAGCCGCUUUUAAAUUACAGGUGAUAUGGGCCAUUUAUGUAAAUUAGGAAUAAACUGAAGUAAUUUUCGGGGAUUUAAUUGAAAAAUUCUUUCGUAUCUGUGGUGUUAACCAAAUAAAUAUGAAUCUAUAAAAUAUAAAUUGUUCCAGCUUGUAGUUGUUGUGUAGAUUUUACCAAACUGGCUGAUGAAAAGUGUGAAUUAUGGAUCUAUCUCGGACAGAACUUUACAGGGCCAUAAAGAGCCCAAAUAUUUCUAGCAAUGCGUUAUGGAAUAUGUGUAACGAUUUCGUUAAUUCUAAAAAGAAUAUAAAUGUUGCCGACAAUGUAACUGGGGAGAAUUUCCUGCACGUGCUAGCUGGGCACGGAGAUCAGCUGACUAAACCACAGGGAGUAAAGGUAUUAUAUUUACUUGGAAGCAGCGGAAUACAUCUAGACACAAGAGAUCGUUUAGGAGAAACUUGUUUGCACAAGGCAGUGAGAGUUCCUGGUUCUUACAGAAUUGUCGAGGCCCUUAUGAGAUGUGGCGUGGAUCCAUUAAUACGGAACGAUGCUGGGCAGACAGCAGAGGAGGUUCUCAAGUCGGAGAGACCAGAACACUGGAAACAUACCUUGCACUGGCUCAGCAAAUAUACUCCAGGUUUAUACCAUACCCUCAAUGAAAGGGACGUGGAUACGAAACAAGUAGAGCGUUUAUUGAAGGGAUGGUGUCGCACGCGGCUGCCGCGACCAGACGGACAGGAAGUUGAUCUGGUCAAGGUCGUUGAGACAGCAGACGACAUUCAAACUCUUCUAGAGAAAUACAGUCACACUAACGAGUUUGCAGUUGCCAUGUUAGCUGGAAAAUCAUUCCAUAUAGAAGACGGUACUAAAGAACAUAUAGACAUUGAAACGAAAGAUCACAUGCACGAAGGAGAUGGUCCACGUGCACAGAGAGUUCCAAAACCUAUCUUAAUGGCAGCAUGGGAGGCCCACAUAGAAACGUCUGUGGAAACCAUACUAAACUUGGGUGCAAGCACAACUACGCUUUUCUCAAAGUCCGGAUCACGGACGGAGGCAGAACCAUUAUUUUUUCAUCUCAUUACAAACGAUGAUAAGCCCCCAGAUUCCAUCAUACACAAGAUCCUCAUAGUGUCAAACAUGUCGUUCAGGAACCAGCGUGGUCAAACUUUAUUGUUCAAAGCAAUUCAUAAUGAUUUCUCCCGUCAGUUUAUCAAAGCGUUGUUCAAAUACGGCGUUGACGUCGCCGCUAGAGAUGACAGGGGGCGAACGGCAAGAGAUUAUGCCGAACAACUUAAGAAAACGAAAUAUUUCACGGAAAUUGACGAACAUGUGAUAGAUAUCGUGAAAACAUGUGACAAAGCAAGAUUAGAACAAUUAGUGUUAGAAGGUUAUGAUCAUAUCCUAGACAUCACAGACAACAAGGGAAUCAACGUCGUAAACGUGUUGAAGCGUCAUUUUACACCGAAUGAUAAUAAAGAUGAAGUUCUGAAGUUAAUGGAGAAGUUGCGAGCCAUUCAGCACCAUUUAACGCUGAUGUUUAGAGCGACCGAUACGGGCGGCACGGAGGAAAUGCGACGACUUGCAAGCCGGAAGUUCGCAUCUGCACGUGACAAGUGUGGGCGUACCAUACUCCACAAAGCAAUACUCAACAAGAAAAAGGAUAUGAUAAAGCUCAUAGUUCAGAAUUAUAAAUAUAUCAUAGAUGCCAGGGACAAUCUUGGGAGAUGUGCCUUACAUUACGCAUAUCUGGUAACAGAACGCACGAGCCUUGUCAAUUAUCUUCUGCUGCACGGGGCUAACCCACACAUUGCCGACUGGGCUGGGCGGUGUCCGGGACAGUACCAUAUAGAGAGCUGUGGGCGGGACGAGUAUGUGAGACUACAGAGGGCACUGAAUGGGUUCACUAUGGACGUAUAUCUAGCGGAGACAAACUUUGAACAGUCGCUUCUCAAAGCUGUAAAAAAAGGCGAUCUGCUUGGAGUAGAAGACCUGGUUGUCGGUCUUGUUGACAAGGGCGAUAUCAACCGCUACGCCAACAUUCUCUUUCACUGUGUAGAUACAGGUAGACAGCAUAUUGCCGUGUAUCUUAUACAACAAGGCAUGCGCACAGAUAUUUAUAAACAGUACGAAAAUUGCAAUGCACGUGAUUCUGCAUGUUCAACAUACACGUGCGAUCAUGAUCUUACCUCGCUGUACACACGUGCAAAACAGCUAAAGUGCUACGACGUUCUAAGAGCGAUUGAUCAUCUGUCACUGCAUAAGUCUUCAGGCGAAAUGGAUGGGCGGCCAUCAAUAACGAAACCGUCAACUAUGGAUCAGCUCUCACUGCUCGGACUUGUAUAAGAAAUAGCAACAUUCCUAUUAAGUCAAAAAUCAACUGAGACAGAACAGAUGUGAUCAGAGAAGAACCAUGAAUACUAAACCAAAGUCCCAUUGCAACAAAAUGGAUGCAAUGGAGUACCUCUACUACUGCAAAUGUGUUCCCUGACAAAACUAGAACAAGAGAUUGUGUUGUUUUUCUGUUCAAAACGUCCAAUGAUUUAACCAUUUUCAAGAAAUAUCCAUUUAAAGAAUUUUCAUUUUCUGUUCAAAACGCAAUGGCCCGAUGUAUAUGGCACAGCAGUAACUGAACAGCAGAGAAACAGCCAUUAAAACUUAUAUAUUGCUGAGUGCAAAUAAAACAGACAUUUGCUACUGCUUUGCUAGGCUCAGUUAGUGAUAGCCAUUUUCGAAGUUUUCCAUUUCACUGUACAUGUAUUUAAUCUACACUGAUUUGUUUCCUGUAUUUAUCUAUUUAUUAAUAAAAUCGUAUGUUUCA